GGGCGGCCAGAGGGCGCUGUUCCUCCUCCUCCUCACUUCCGGCCCCUCCCUUCACCCGUGGGAAUUCGGCUGGGGAUUUUCCCACGCUUCUGCCGCUCCUCCGCUACUAGGACAAAGGCGAGCGCGGGUAUCGGUCAAAAGAGCCACUAAAUCCCCCGAAGGCUACAAGGCCCCUCCAGACAUCAGGAAGGAGGCAGAUUUGUGGUGGAUUAGGCUGGGCAGUGAAGGAGACGCCACCUCCUCGGAAGGUAGCGAGAUGUACCUUCAGCCUCCUUCCAGGGAUUCUCUCACAAGAGAGAAGAUGGGCGCUGUUCAGCCAGAUCAGGAUCUGAUGAGCUUGGACGAGGUGGCUGUUUCCUUCACAGCAGAGGAGUGGGCUCUACUUGAUCCACGCCAGAAGAGUCUCUAUAGGGAAGUCAUGGAAGAGAUCUCAUAA